GCAUGCUGGGAAUGGUAGUUCUCUGGGGCUUCUCCUAGUGGCCGGGGCUGCUCGCGGCGUUUUAGGGGCGCUCCUGGCCGAGGUGACCCUGACUGUGCCAGGAGGGCGCGUCUGGGACCGACAUCCUCGAGACCGCUCGUGUUGAGGGCGGCGAGAGCGAGCGCCGGCGUUCUGCAGCAGAUGAAGAAACCGAGGCACAGUGUGGCCCGAGCAUUCGCUGAGUUUGACUGGAGCCUUGGCCUGGAAGCAGAAUCCCCUUCCCAUCUGUGCAGCUUGCUAUGUCUUGUCCUUCUGGGCAGUCUGAGAACCCCUUGGCUGUCCACCUCAGCCACGUCGACAGCGCAGCCCCACCUCUGCUGCAUAGAGGUCUGGUUCCAGGAAUUCUCCAACAGCCUACACCCAAGUUCUUGAGGUAGACUGGCCCAGCAUUUGCAGAGAACAACCUUUUGACAUUGCCGCAGUUGUACAAGGCGCUACGCUAACAGCACGAUACCUGAGGAGGCCUGAGAGGAGGUUGGAUCCCCUGGAACUGGAGUUAAAAGGAGUUGUGGAUAACCCUAUGUGGAUGAUGAUAAUCAGAGGCAUACUUUGUCAGCACUCAGCUCUCUUUGGCAGGAAAACUAAGAAGGGAAAUGGCUGUGGAUUUGCUGGCUGCUCAAGGGGCAGAGCCUGUGACCUUCCGGGAUGUGGCCGUGUUCUUCAGCCAGGAGGAGUGGUUGCACCUGGACCCUGCGCAGAGAAGCCUGUACCAGGAGGUGAUGCUGGAGAACUACAGCAACCUGGCCUCGCUGGGGUUUCAGGCUUCAAUACCUCGGGUGAUUGGCAAGCUGAAAAAAGGACAAGAUCCCUGCAUGGAAAGAGAAGACUCUGAAGACACCUGCCUAGAUUUCCAGAUUUGGCCAGAGAUAGAAGGGUUGCCUCUCAAACAAGACAUUUUUAUUGAAGAAACAUCUCAUGGGCUAAUAAAGAAUGGAUCCACUGAGUGUGGUAACUGGAAAACCAACUUUAGAGAAGUGAAAUCUGAGAGCCUAACAGCACAGGAGCAAGAAAGGGAAGCUUAUGAGCCAGGGGCAGCCUUACCCAAGGUAACUGACAGUGAAGAUGGAAAUUCCAUAGGCCCUGAGCUGGGGAAACCCACAGAAAAGGUACCUGGUAUGUUUCGCACUUCAGAGAAAGAUCUUAAUUUAAUGAGAAGUUUCCAGAUUUACCCAGGACAAAAGCCUUAUAUCUGCAGUGAAUGUGGAAAGGGUUUUACCCAAAGUCUUCAUCUUCUUGAGCACCGAAGGCUUCACACAGGAGAGAAACCUUAUAAAUGUAGUGAGUGUGGAAAAAGCUUCAGCCAUAGGUCUUCUGUCCUGGCUCACCAGAGAACCCACACUGGAGAGAAACCAUUCAAAUGUAGUGAGUGCGAGAAAGCAUUUGGCAGCAGUUCCACACUCAUCAAACACCUGAGGGUGCAUACUGGAGAGAAACCUUACCGUUGCCGGGAAUGUGGAAAGGCCUUCAGCCAGUGUUCAACCCUCACUGUGCACCAGAGGAUUCACACUGGGGAGAAGCUCUAUAAGUGUGCUGAGUGUGACAAGGCCUUUAACUGCAGAGCAAAGCUCCACAGACAUCAGAGAAUCCAUACAGGUGAGAAACCCUAUAAAUGUGCUGAGUGUGGGAAAGGCUACAGCCAGUUUCCAUCCCUAGCUGAACAUCAGAGACUCCAUACUGGAGAAGAGCUUUGCCAGUGCUUGCAGUGUGGGAGAACCUUUACACGUAUCUCCACCCUAAUUGAACACCAGAGAAUUCAUACUGGACAGAAACCAUAUCAGUGCACUGAGUGUGGGAAGACCUUCAACCAAUACUCAUCCUUUAAUGAACAUCGGAAGAUUCAUACUGGGGAGAAACUUUACACAUGUGAAGAAUGUGGGAAAGCCUUUGGCUGUAAAUCAAACCUUUAUCGGCAUCAGAGGAUCCACACUGGAGAGAAGCCCUACCAGUGUAAUCAGUGUGGGAAGGCCUUCAGCCAGUACUCCUUCCUGACUGAACAUGAGCGAAUCCAUACUGGAGAGAAGCUCUACAAGUGUAUGGAGUGUGGGAAAGCCUAUAGCUAUAGGUCAAACCUUUGUAGACACAGAAAAGUCCACCUGAAGGAAAAGCUCUACAAAUGGAAAGAAUUGGGGGCACCUUUUAUCUAUGGUUCAUCCCUUACUCCGUAUCAUAGGUUUCUGAAGGGAGACGAGCCUGAGAACUUGAAUUCAUCCCUCUAAUCCAGGUCAGCAACCAGAAGAGGAGUAACUACAGUGCAAAUCAAAAUAGAUUCAUCUUUUUAGCUUGUACAGGAAGUAGUUACCACUAAGUCAUGGACAGCCGGACAGUGAAAAUACAGAGUGCUGAUGACAACCAUUUAAGAACUAUUACAAAAACUUUUAAAAAACCCACCGUUUUUUAAAAAAAAAGUCAUAGAAAAAAUAUGAAAGGCCUCAUUUAAAAAACAAAACACAUAAGUAACUGUUGCGUAUAAGCAUUGUUUCAUGACAUGGUUCUCUCUAAGAGCUUCCGUGUUUGAAUUUUCUUUUCAAGAUAGUCUAUGACAUAGAUAUAAUUUGAAGGACUGUGGGACCUCAGUCCCUAAAGUGGUGAGCUUUCAUAAAGAGCCACUCAGAGGAAAGGAAUACUUUAAACUUGUUGUGUAUCAACACUAAAGCUCUUUGUGAAUUGCAACAUAUGUGUGUGUAUAUACAACGUACAUAUGUGUGUGUAUGCAUAUCUAUUCAUAUGUACACAUAAUAUGGCUUAUAUAUAUAUAGUCAUGUCACUUAACAGUGGGGAUACGGUUAGAAAAUGCUUCAUUAGGCACUUUCAUGUUUAUAAGAACAUCAUUGCACUUGCACAAACCUAGAUGGACUGGGUCAGCCAAUCAAGGUGAUCUCCUGAGGUGAUCAACAUACCAUACUUCUUUUUAAAAAGAUUGAGGUAAUAAUCUAAUCACAACAUUUCUCUCUUCCCUUUCUGUCUCCAAAUACUCCUAUACACUCCUCCCCACUCUUCUCCAAAUUCACUAAUUUUUAUGCAUGCAUAUAUCCAUACUUUUGUAUAGUAAUGUUUUUUAUUGGUUUGCUUGUGUAUUUUAGAUAGAGUCUCACUAUGUAGCCUAGGAUAGCCUUGAACUCAUUAUGUAGUCCACAUUAGCUUUGAACUUGCAGUCUUCCUGCACCAGCCUCCCGUGUCCUGGGAUUGCAGGCUCAUUUUCAUGCUUGGUGUAAAUUGUAUUAGCAGAAUGUGUAUGCUCUAAGGAUAAAAGUAGAGUAUAGCGAAUGAAUAAACUGGCAAUGUAGUUUGUCACCAUCA